CAUGGGCUGGCCGCUGGCCGGGCUGCUGCUGGCGCUGCUCCCCUCCGCGCCCGCUCAGCCCCUCGCAGCGGGCACUGGGCGGGGCCCGGCCCGGCAGCCCUGCGCUCGGACGGCGGCUGGGGUUUUUGAAGAUAAUCUGUGGCUUCAGAAAGAGAUGGGAUGCCUAGGAAUGGCAGCAGUGCCUUUACCUGAGGCCAUUCAGGCCAGCAGAGCCCCUGGCCAGGUGCUGAGCUCGGCAGCCCCGGACAGCCCCUGGAGCCAUUCGUUGUUGGCGCUGAUCCCCUCCUGGACCAAGAAGGUGCUGUUCAAACGGGAGUCUGACCUCAGCCGCCUCCCGCCUGAAGAUGUGUCCAAUAUGUCAGUGUCUUCUGAAUUUGGAAUAACCCUUCAGAAAUGUGGCAUGGUGGAUGUUGAACAUGACCCUCAAACUGCAUACAUUACACUUGUGAUUAAUAACACCAACACAUUGCUGUCAACAAACAUCACAGAUCUUAUCAUCAUGGACAACAUCACUGGUCUACAUGUUCAAAAAAACAGUGGGAAUAAGACCACAAAUGGCAUACAGAUUUACAGGAAAAGUUUCUUGCAAGGUGGAGAACACUUUGCAAUCAACUACUCUGCACUUCUCGAUUCAGAAGAAAUGAGGCACGGCAGGGUCCUGACACUGCCUGCGAAGCUAACUUUCAGUUCAUCACAGAAUAAAACACAUCUUGUGUCAUUGACAGCAUCACUUACCAUAACAGAAGAAGAAAAGACCAAGAUUUUAUACAGCCAUGCCAUCAGUGCUUCAGCAUUCUUCAUUGCUUUUUUCGUUUCCCUUGUGUUGACAUGUGUUGUCUUUUUCAUCAUUUACCGAACCCAAAUAUUAAAGUGGAGUUUCUGUAAAAACCAGGAGACACAGCCUGAUCUAAGCCAAAAUCACAAACUGGAGCAUUCUCAAUUUAAUUCAGGUGAUCUCUUUAGUGAAGAUAUAAUUAUGAAUGACCAAAUCAUUGAUAUUCUGUCCUUUGAAGAACCUGGGAACAUGCAUCAGGCUUUAGAAGAUUUGGAGGUUGCCAGCCUGACACGGGCAGAUGCUGAUCUGGAGGCCAGUCGAACACAGAUCUGUAAGGAGGUGAUUGCUAUGAUGUUGAAGAACAUGGUCUUAAAUCACAGCCUCUUUCCUCAUGUGGAGAAGAAGAUAAGUUCAGUUUUCAAAAAGCUGUUUCUUGCAAUGGAGGAAGAGAUUCAAGAGGAGUAUGAAAGGAAGAUGGUGGCUUUAACAGCUGAAUGUAAUCUGGAAACUAGGAAGACAGUGGAGGCUCAGUGCCAGAAAGCACGAGCUGCAAGUGAAGAGGCUGAGGAGUUAAUGAAGAAAAUUAAUGAAAAGCCUGCUAUAGAAUGCAGAAGUCUUCUGGACAAACUUCACAAGCUGGAGCAGGACUGCCUGAAGAGGUUCCUUUUUGUAAAGCAGGAGGAAUAUUUUGCAAAGGCUUAUAGAGAGCUGGCUGUUACCCAAAGAAAGGAACUCCAUACCAUCUUUUUUACACAAAUAAUAAAUGCCACUUCAAAGGGAGAACUGAAGGUGGAAGCAGCUAAAACAUUAGUUGAAGGUUACUCUAAAGUACAGGGUGACAUUGAAGAGCUAAUGGAUUUUUUGCAAGCUUGCAAGAAAUAUCAUCUGAGUAAAAGGUUUUCUUACAGAGAAUAUCUUAUAAGUAAGAUACAGUCAAGGGAUUCUCGUGUCUCUGCUCUUAUAAAUGCCGCAGCAGCCCAGAUACGGAGUCUCAUUAACGAAACAGAAAGAGCAGGUCAUCUACCUGAAAGUCACUUGGGAAUCCUGCUGGACCGAGCUGAGGCUGAAAUUAAUUUUGUUAAACAGAAAUUUGAUCGUGAUUUAAAACAAGAAAAGCAGAAGCUUUGCCAGAAACUCAUUACCAAACGAAGGCGGGAAAUGCUGCAAAAGCAGAAAGAGCAUCAGAAGGAGCAGCUGUCACUUGGAGACCCCUUCAAAACUACUGAUGAGAUCUCUCACUACCUGAGACACUGGAAAAAUCUUCUGAGUGACCACACCAUUGAAUUUGAAGAACUUACUGAAAAGCUUGACAAUCAGGCCAGUGAAGAGCUGAAGGAGCUUCUAUUUAGCCUGGCAGAGAAAGCCAUUGAGGAGCUUAAACGUGUUCAGUGUGGAGUGGUUGUGCAAGAGCUGGUCAAGCUCAAUGUGCCAAAGUUGUUCCUACUAGAAGUUGUGGAGGAGCACAAAAAAGAGAUGGUGGUUAAACAUGCACAGCUUGAAAGGGAAGAACAUGACAAGAGUAUGGCUGCUGAAGAGCUGCUUCAGCUCACCAGGCAGAAGCUAAGCCAAGAGCUGGAAACUGGCAUCUCAGAACAAAAGAAAAUAAGGAGCUGGGAACAGUCAAUAUUCAUGCAACUUCUAUGUUUACCCCUCUCACUCUCAGAAGAGGAGUUGCUUAGAAUGAGACAAGAGUUGCACUGCUGCUUCUCCCAGUUGGACAGCAGCUUGGCUUGGCCCAAGAUAAGAGCAAGAACCUUGCUUCAGGCUUUUGAAGUGGAGCAGAGGGACACUGAGGUGCUGAAAGUCGAGCAGAAUUUAGCAAUGACCAAUGAACAGCAGCAUUCUAAAAUGGGAAAAACAGGAUCCAGGAAUAAACAUAAGUUAGAUAUUCUGAAGAAAUCUUUACAGGACAAAAUUUUAAUUUAUGAAGACUCAGUGAAAGGUGAAAAUUUGAAUAGGGUAAAGUAUGAAUUGCAGCUUGAGAAAGAAUGUCACCUGCGCAAUCUGGAAAAUAAACUUGGAGAGUAUAGUGCUUCUUUAGCCUUUCAAAAGACUGUUAAAAAAUCCAAAAUGCUGGAGCUGUAUACUGCUAUCAUAAAUGUGCAAGCUUUGCUCUUUGAACAACUGAACACAUCAAAAACCCUGUCAAAGCUGGAAUGUAUUCAAAUUUUAGAAGCACAUAAUCCUGAGAUUGAAGAACUUGAAAAGAAGCUGGAGUAUGAAAUGUUGCAUAAGGAGUCAGUGCAGCAGCAUCUAAUGAGUAGGCAGAGGUGGAUUCUGGAUGGUUUUGGACUCUCAAACGAAGCUGUGGACACGAAUGCAGAAAGACAUGUGACAGUUCUGUUAAGACAGGCCAUGAAUAAAUGUAAACAAUUUAUAAACCUGUACCAGCAAUGCUUGAGAGAUGAGCAAUGGAAUUGCAUGGUGCUCGAAGAUCUCCUGGAAAAUAUAGAAACGAAUGCGUUUUUGGCAAUUUAUAGUCAGGAGCUCCGUCUGGCAGGUUAUUUAGCUAAACUGACGAGAGUGCCAGUGGGGGUGUUGCACAGGGUCCUGAACUUGCUGCUGCCCUCCAGCCCACAAAGUGAGGUUCUUUCUGUCCUUGAUUCCAUCAGUAAAUAUUCAGAUGGUGCUGUUGAAAGUGAAAGUAAUGCAAAUGAGUCUGGCAGCUGUAAGAAAAGGAAGAGCCAAGAGUUGUGGCAAGCACUGGAGAACAAAAUAAGGCAAGAUCUGAUAAACAGAAGUUUAGAAAAGAUCCCUUCUCUAAACAAGAGAAAAGACAGUUUGAUAAAGAAGAAGCAACUUGCUGUCUUGGAAAAAGCAGUUUUCAUUCAUCUGGGAUGUUCACCUGCACACCCUCCUGUGGAACAACCUGAUCCAAAUGAUCCACCAGUUUCUCUGAGCUCUGCAGCUGCUGAAGCCAUAGAGCUCUUGGACACAGGGGAGAAGAUACUUCUGUUCCGUGAACCAAGUGAUCCAAAACUUGCUUUGCAUAGUUUUCCAAGGAAAAAGAAGAAGAACUUUCUUAAUUCUAAAAAGGCUGCUCGUGCAAACGUGGACUCACAAGAGCAACUUCCAUUUAGAGUAUCACUUAGGGAAGAGGAAGUUAUUUCAAAUUCAGUAAAAUUAUGAAGAAGAAUGAAGUGUACAGUUCAAAUAACAUAUGUGUUGUUUUAAUCUGAUUUGUCUGAUAUUGGAAAUAGAUGUAAUUUUAGAAUGGCACAGUUGGUGAUGUGCAUCUUGCAUUUUUUAAUUCCUGUCAGUGCUUUGUUGUACUAGGUAAAUAUGGGUUUUCCAUGAUGCACAUUAUGGCAGGCAGGACUCUGUGUUCCUUCACUACAUUUUGGUCAUUUUUGCACUGAUUUUACCAUAGUUGUAUUUUCAUAAUUUAUACAGGAAGGUUAUUUAUUGUAUAUAGUAGGUACUGAUUCACUCUUUUUUUAUUUAUAUUUUUGUGGUAAGCUGCAGUAUAGCAGAUGACAAGAAGAGAUGUGGUAGAAGAACCACAUGUCCUCUGUUCUCUGAUUUUAUAUUAUUCUAGUUAAUUCACUGUUUAACACUGUGUUCCUAAUAGGCUUUGCAUGUUACUUCUGCAGUCUGUGUUCUGCAAUGACAGCUGGUAGUCCAGAUCUUUAGCAUAUACUGUGUACUGAGCCUUUCAUCCUGGAGUAACUUCAGCAUUUCUCUGUUUCUAAACUUGCUUCUGUUGAACUGUGGCUGUGGCUACAUUUCCAAACUGUUACAUAUUUACAACCUGUUGCAGUCUUUUCCUUGGUGAAGCAAUGUCAUCACAUUUGCUCAGUAGAAAAGUGAAAAAUGUAAAUGGGCGUGUAAUGCCUUCACGAGCUCUUUUGAUUGCAGUGCUGCCAAUUUUUGCAGUUUUAGGUAUUUUUAAAGUUCUUAUUCCUGAAUUUCUCUAAGUUGAUAAGAAUAUAAUUUUAUACUUCAGAAAGAGUUAAUUUUUAAACCUGUCUGGUUGACUUGAAGAGUCCAAUAAACAUGAAUCCCAAAAAGAGGAACAGGAAAAGCUAAUUAAAAUAACCACAUGUAAUUAUUAAUAUCUUGUAUUAUUCAAGCCUGUUUUGAAGGUGUUGUAACUGUAUUUGAAUGCUGUGCUCUGACACCACUGUGAUCACAUCUUUUCUAUUUUUUCUUGUACAGAUCUUCAGUGCCUUUUUAUUAAUAGGGUGCCAUAUUAUUUGAAAAUUAAAAUGUUAUACAUGUA